UCUUUCUGAAUUGCGUUCUUUACCUUUCAGGCACUAAUGCACUAAUGGUGCUGUUUAUGGCCGUGUUUUAUUUCGUGGUGCUCGUUGCAUUGCAAGCAGUUGCUUCACAAGAUGCUGCUGUCAAGGAAAUCUUCUUACCUCGUCGGUCAAAUUUACCAUUCUUGGAGUCGGAGCACAUAGAAAAUUCUACAAAAGCAAAAAUAUCCAUUACGCAUGAUAAAAUAUUUUCUGUUGUUUCAAAAAGAUUUCUGUCUUUUGCAAUCCAUGCAAAAGCGUUUGCACGUAGGAGUCCAUUUCUUUACCAUGAUGCCACAUUUCUGACCCUUUGCAAAGGGCUGUCUAUGCAAAAAGGAACAGAUUCAAAUAUAUAUUUACGUGCUGCAGGGAAUGCAGCGAACAAAAUUUAUUUUAGAAAGGAUUCCCAUCGUCUCGAUGACAAUCACCACGAUAAAUUUUUUAUGAAUCCAUUAAGAUGGGAUAAUCUAAUGAGUUUCGUUUCAAAGCUUGGGUGGAAGUUGCUUUUUGGACUAAAUGGUCUUCCUCGGAAAGCUGAUGGCUCCUGGGACUACUCCAACCCACUAGAAUUUUUACAGUAUGCCAGAAGUAGAGGAGAUGAUGUGGACUACGAGUUGGGAAAUGAGCCUGAUUUGUACAAAGAACAUAAUAUAUCUUUGAGUGCCAGUCAAGUUGCAAGAGAUUUUGAGCUGCUUCAUACUUUGGCAUCAGAUGUUAUGCCAAACUCCAAAAUCAUUGGACCAGAUAUUUCACACAUACCAAACAACACUUACUUUUUGAGUUUUCUUAAAGAAAUCAAGCCUGAUGCCAUUGAUGCUGUUUCUUGGCACUUUUAUUAUAAAGAAGGAAGCAAUAUAACACUGUCGGAUUAUACAAAUCCGAAGUUUUUAGAUUCAUUUUUGAGGAUAUCGAAAGAAGCCAUUAAUAUGAUAAAAAGUGCAAAUGGUACAAGGAUUUGUCCAGUUUGGAUUGGCGAAACUGCAGAUGGAUGGGGAGGAGGUGCUGCUGGAUUAUCAGAUAGUUAUGCAGCUGGAUUUACAUACUUGGACAAGCUUGGCCUUGGGGCAGUUUUAAACAUCAAUGUAGUAGUUCGACAAGCCAUCAUCGGAGCAAAUUAUGCUUUGCUUGACCGAAAUAACAAUUUUUUCCCAAGGCCGUGCUAUUGGUUAUCUUCACUGUACAAGUUGUUUUUCGGAGAAAGGGUUUUAGAAGUCAACGGCUCUACAGAUUACAACAGAGAAGUGCGUGUGUAUGCCCACUGCAUAAACGAAGAUGGGAGGCAUUCCUAUGAAAAAGGAUCGAUUGUUCUGCUAGUUAUAAAUCUCCAUGCUACAAACAAAGCAAUCAUAGAGCUGGACGCGAAAAUAAGAAGUCUACCUGUGCAUCAAUAUUUACUAGAACCUUCCCAAGAUGACUUGACAAGCCGGUACGUCAAACUAAAUGACCGACUGCUGGAACUGGUUGAUAACACGACUAUGCCUUCGUAUGAGCCUCGUGUUGUGAAGCAGCCAUUUCUGGUUCCACCAGUGCGAUAUGGUUUCUUUGUCAUCCCAAGUGCUGGUUUUGAAGCUUGUCUAUGACUUUUCAAAAUACCUAAACACAAACAUUGCGGAUUCAACACACCAAAUUGAAAUAUUUUCUAUUUGAAUUUUUAUAUAUUGUACUUUUCGAUAAUGUAGCUUUGUAUAACAUCAAGCCCUGGCCGAACGAAUUUUAUUUUUGAAAUUCCAGAAAAGGAACCAUUUUAAAACGGUUGAGCAAAUUUUGAAUUCAUUUGGCCAUCGGCCACCGAGCAUCACCACCAUUGAGAAAAAAGUUUUUUGUGUCGAGUGCUGCUUGGUCAAAGUGUCAGUUUGUUUUGCAAAGGCCUAAUAUAUUCAUUUGCCUCGUAGCUUCAAAGCGCAGUCUUUUUAAAGCGUUCACACCAUCAUUUGAUCUGUUACCAACCAGAUUUACAUUUCCAUUUGUUAUAAAACCUGCAAAAAUUGCAAUAAUCAUUACUUUUUAGGGAGGAAUUUUGCCAUUUUUUUAGAUUUUGUAAGACUUUUUAUUUAUUUAGACAGUAUUUAUUCUGAAUAAGAUAAACGAUGUUGACCAUCGCCAUACGGCUCUUUGGGGAGUAAGCUGCUGUGAAUUUGCUGGAAUUGCAAAGAUUUUUCGUAAAACAAGAUUUGCGCCUGUACUGAAUGUUUGUUGUAAAGUGCAGCUUUAUUCCGGCAUGAAAGCUGUAGUGCUAUCGUAAUUGGUUUUAAAGAUUACAAUUCGACUCUAAUACUGUCUUGUUUGUCGACAUUUCUGUUUUAUUAAAAAAUGGAAUAAUGCUUUGUGAAAAGCAGACCCGAGAAAAAGUCGCGGACAUCGCGGACGUCGGUUUCAUGUUAAUCCCUUUUCACAAGAAUUGCAAAAUUUUUGGCUAGGCACCUUUGAAGAUUUAAUUAACGAGAAUAUUUUGUGUCCAUACAAACAACACUUUUUUAUAAGAACAAUGUUAAAAAAACAUGAGCCUAAAUAUUGGACGAGAGUUAAGAAAAAAUUAAGAAAAAACUGAGGUACUGUGAUUCCUUAAAAAGGCCCCAACUUCGGAUAAGCCCCACCUUGGGAUAAGCCCCACCUUGGGAUAAGCCCCACCUUGGGAUAAGCCCCACCUUGGGAUAAGCCCCACCUUGGGAUAAGCCCCACCUUGGGAUAAGCCCCACCUUGGGAUAAGCCCCACCUUGGGAUAAGCCCCACCUUGGGAUAAGCCCCACCUUGGGAUAAGCCCCACCUUCGGAUAAGCCCCACCUUCGGAUAAGCCCCAACCUUCGAACAAGUUAAGUUUCACGUUACGUUACGAACGUUUAAUCUACCAAGUCAAACUUAGGAAUGCGAAAAAUGGUGCAGUAGAAGAAUGCCCUGAUAAAAACAAUCAGACUACUAGAAAAGAACAACCAUAUAAUUUGUAAUUUGUGUAUAUAAAAUUGCACAAGAUAAUUCUAAAAAUGGUACGAACAUGACUCAAAUCGUUAUUUUACAUCAUGAAAAUUCUUAUAAAGUAUACUUAAUAUUAUUACCUGAAUAGAAAUGAUGCCAAACAAUCAUACUUAAAUACCUACAGCUGGAACCUAAACGCGGUAGUAAGGAUACAAUUUGAAUAUGGGCUGCAGUGAACACAUGAAUUGCCAUACCAAAAGCAAACUUGAAACCUGUUUUGUUUUCGUUAAUAAUAAACUGAGGACAAUAUGAUUUAAAUAUGUCCUACUCUGAAGUCAGGAAUAACGAGAAGGGGAGUAGGUCAUUGCAAAUUCCAUAAACUAAUAAACUGGGUAGUUGGAGGAAAGUUUAAAAGGGGGUCGAACUCUUAUGAAACUAAAGUAUUGUCGAAAGUGAUUACAAAAACAUCUUGAGUUCGAAUUUUCAAUUCAAGGAAUUUAACCGAGGAAACAAAGGAUUUUAAUAAAAAGCGGAGGGUUUUAAAAAAAAUCCUGUAAAAACAGAGUAGGAAUGAUGCAGGUGAUAGGGAUACGAAGAAAUUCUGCAUAGGGCUGGCGGUGUUCUGCCAGGGAGGUUGUCACAGGGGUACGAAGAAUGCUUUACAGGUUCAGUAGAUGGCCAGCUAAUUUGUAAUACUAGAAAUAUCGCUAUGCAAAGAAAAUUUUAACGUUGAAAAAUGAAUGACAGUUACUAAAACAAUGGUGAAUCAUCAGAUAAACAUUAAUACAUCGUUAAUAAAUUGAACUUAAUAUAUUCUCCCUUAAAAUCAUUUGUUAAGUGUUACAAAAAUAGAAUGCUUCGAAUUUCUGCAUAAUGCUACUGAAUAUCAGCGAUUAGCAUAACGAAAGCUGUGAAGGAAUUCCCUAACACGUUAAAGAUUCAAAAUCUCUUUAAGUUGUAAUGCAGUGCACUCUCUCCGUCUUGUAAUGCAGUGAUGCAGAAAACAGGUAGAUACCGUACGUUCAACAAGCUGCAUUUAUUAUGGUCCACGUGGUAACACUACUGAAAACAAUAAUUAGCUUCUCCGGUUAUCCUACUCACAGAUAAUAUUUGCUUAAAGUAAAAGAAUGGUUGGCAAUACGCAAGUAUACUCUAAUGGCAAUACCUUACACAACCAUUCUGCGAGUCUUUGCUGAACCGUUGAUAAGUGAUUUGACCCUUAAAAUUGAACAACAUACGUCAUAAUGGGCGGGUACGGUGUUAUGUAAUUAUGAAUGGGUAUGGCAUUCACAAGGGCAGAAUUAUAUUUCACAACUGCAUCUAUUCAUAAAAUUACCGUUUUCAAGUUCAAAUGCAAAGGCAAGAAUUAGAGCACAGGCAAAAUAAGGACCUACUAAUUAAUAAAGGAAUAUUAAGAGGAGACUGCUGUAAUUGAGAUCGAAUAUAGAACAGCGAAGGACCGAAAUAUACAACGUAUAUACAACAUUUAAAUCAGACACGCACACCUUGUUCCAUCCUGUUCUUGUUUUGAUACAUGUAAGCCCCAAAUAAACAAAAGAACUCGAAGUACUCAUCCAGUAAAUUUUAAGAUUUAAAGCUAUACAAGAAAGACAAUUCGCUACAAGCAAGAAAGGUGCAAUUACCACUAUACAUUGAAAGAGAAAACGGUAGUGCUCAAAAUACAUUCCCGUACUAGCAUCGCGGCUCUAACACAGUGUUUUUAAACAUUAUGCUUAUUAUUUUCUUUCAAGACUAUAAAAGACUUUAUUUUACGACAGAUCACAAAGAUACCUUCCUGUCAAUCACUCAUAAAAACUAAUUUUACAGUUGAAAGAAAGAAUAAAAAAGACCUGUACUGGAUCCACUUGUUUUCCAAGCAGCAAUACCUAUGCUACACUGCCCUAUUGUUUAUAGAGAACCAACGGAGAGAAAUCCUGGCCUUCUAACAAUAGUUUCAAACUGAAUUUAGUACGAAUAGGAACUGAGCUGCAUCCAGGAACAAAACUGCAUGAAAUACCUGGUACCAAAGAGCAGUUGACUGCCAAGUUAUAGAAUCAUAUUCCAUUAACAAGCCAGAUUUAUAUUCGUUGGUUCUCUUUACGGGGAUACAAUCGAGUAUACUAUUGUACGAAAUCUGUGCCACGACAUUUCUGUAAAUAUUAACAUCAUUGCACGCUGUGCCUGGAAUAUGGUUACAUGUCGCAGCAAUAUGCAUACAAAAUGAAGCUAUACUUGUGGGAGGUUUCGGCGACUACUUUGAAAAAGCACUGAAUUCGAGGAGUUUAUCCACUUUCUUAGAGAUGAUAAGAAAGUGAGUGACACCCUGAACUUCUAGGACCAAUUAACUAUAUCUCUUCUAGAAGCAGCGAUAUGUAAUACUAUGGCUCUGGCGAACACAUAAACAUAGGCGUCAAGCCUUUAGAUCGAUUCAGUUGGUCCAAGCGAUAGGCAUCCACUGUGGCUGCGUUUCGAUGAAGUUAGCCAGUUGUAGAACUUCAUCAUAGGCCUUGUCCAGGUUUUGAUUCACGAUUUGAUAGUCAAAAUAAUGACCAUAGUUGAUGUCCAUUUCCCGCGCUCUUUCAAUCAGGUCUAUCAGUUCAUCAUCCUAAAGACAGACCACAAAAUUAAUGAUCAAACUGAAGGCUGCAAAACUCAAUGGACAGUUGCAAUCUUCAGUUAUUUCAUAUUACGUCAUCACGAUCAUUCUCGUUUGCAUCCAGCAUAGGGCAUGUUACUGUUGACAUUUUCAAUUCAAACAGUACAAACUAUCAGCUACCUAAACAACAAAGACACCAUUCCGAUGACAAAAACAUGAGACCGAUCCAUAAAUAAGUUACGUUAGUUUAAGACAUUGCUGUUUACCGGCCAGCUUUAUAGAGCUCGAUACAACAUACGCCUUGGUGUGUAUAACUGAACUACCAUAAGUUAGAGUUCAGAGUUUCUUGCUUUUAAAAUCAUCAUUAAUCUUGGCUAAAAUUAUUCAAAUGUUAAAACUAACAACUGGAAUUGUAGCCCCAGGGUUUCGUAAAAUGGCUGACUUAUCCAAACAUCAGUUUGAUAGAAUAUAGGUAAAACAUUCUAUUGCUUUCAACAAACAAUUUCCUGCCAAAGUUAAUGAGCGUACCUUGACACGAACAUCUGGGUUGAACGGCUCUCCUCCCGUGCCUCGUAGCCUUCUCAGUUGUUCAAAGGACGGAAGAGUAAUAAACACUACAUAGGGUUUGAGAUCUGCACAGUUCUUUAAGACAGGAAGUGCCUAAAAAAGAAAAUGACACAGUUAUUGAGAUAAUCAAAGAUCCAAAUGACAGCCCGUUAGCCCUGAGUUAAUGUUACAAGCAAUUCCACCUUAUGCUAUUAUUAAUUCAAAAUAUAUUCGAAUUACAAGUUUUGAAAAAGGCUGCCUUUAAUUACAAAAGCGGGGUGGAAUCAACCUAGAUCAGACGAACGACUGUCACUAACUUCCUUACAGAGCAUAUUUUAUCCGGACCCUGUUCAUUAUAUCUGGGCAAUCGUCACAGAGCACAAAAAAGUAUCCUUGAAUGACGGCUUGCAUUUGAUGGUAGUCUGGGUAAGUAGGGAAUAAAAAUGUUUUUCUUUGAGCCUUGACAAUGGUUAAGCACACUACGAUUAAAACGACCAAAACUUCACAGUAACAAAUUUCCCACAUCUUCGAAAUUAAUAGCAAGUAAAACAGGCUUUUGUCUCACGUGCCGGUAAAUAGUCAAUGAAAUUAUCUAAGAUUUCACAAUUCUUUCAGCAAGUUUGAAAAUCAACAAAGUCAAUUAACAGAAAUUGUAUAUAAUAAACUAAGAUCAGAAUAACAACUUGUUUCAUAGUUUCGAGCGACAUACACAUAGUCCUAAAAUAUCCAAGUAAACUACCUACAUACCUGACAAUGUAAAUUGAGAACACAGACUUGGCCAUUAUUGACAACAUCUCUUAUCGCAUCUGUACUUGUCCCAAAAUAGUUAUCAUCAAACGGGCCAUACUCAACGAAUUUGUGCUCUUUAACUAAAUUCUGAAAAUCGUUUUGCGACACAAAGUAAUGAUCUCUACCAUUGACCUGUCCGUGUUUGGGUUCUUGAGUCGUAUCUAGAGCAGGAUUAACAAAACUUUGGUGACUUAGAGAUCACAAAGUAGCAAUUACUGAGAUAUAAUCUUCAGGUUCCCUUAUCUUAGGUCAAGCAUUAGAUGAUAUGGUCUUUAUGAUUCGUAUAUAUGUUUAACUUUAUGUGCGGUCUUUGAUCAUGCUUAAUGUAAAAAAGAUAGCAAUUUUCCCUGUCUAUUUAUUACAAAGCAGAUCAUCCAAUACGUCAUGCAUACCCUUGUAUUUAAAGCAACAUGUAAACAAAGUUUAAGUUGACAGAUAGGAAACUGUUCUGAAAGUAUCAUUCGGUCUAUGCUUUAAACAACUUCUAUGUAGGUGGUCGUAAGGUUUACAUCAUGAUGGUUUUAAACCUACGUGUGAUCGCUGGUGCAAAUCUUCCUGGUUCUGAGUUUAUCAGCUUCUGACGCAACUGCUUUCUUCCGACCUUGGGUGGGCCUUUAAAUGAAAGCAUCAUUGGAGUAAGAAUAAAAAUAGAAGAAGAAAAACGUAGUUUAGAGAAAUCUUCGAAGAUGAAAUGAAAUAUAUUCUAAGUACCAAUAAGAACAAUCGGUCUUUUCCUCUUUUGAUCUGGCUGCACCUCUACCAUUUCUUCGUAAGCAAGAAUUUCAUCGAGUGAGAAAUCUAGGAGAAAGACAUGGAAUAAAGGUUGGGUGAAAAGGAAAAUGGAACUUAAAUGGAACUUGAAUUUAUAGUGGUGUGCAUAAUGGGGCAUUAUGCCAUACAUCUUUUUGACAACAGACAGGUUAGAAGUAAAAACAGAAUUAGGCACAGAAAUUUCUUUACUGAGUUUAGUUUCAGAAACACUAUAAACAAAAGUGAAAACACUCCAUUGUCAUUACCAUCUGCAGGUGCGCUUUCAGUUGUCUUUGUUUUCUUCUUCUUUCCAGGAAGACAAAAGCAUUUCUUUUCUACAAAAAUGGAGAAUUGUUUAAACUGACUGUGUAUGGGUUAAGAAAGUUCUAUUUCAGUAGAAAAUUGCUAUACAAUAAUCUGGCAAAAACGGAAAAUAUUCGCAUGAAAAUAGUAUUGUUAACAGCAAAACACGCCGAUUCUGGCAACGAUGUGCUGUAUUAGUACAUUAAAAAUAACAUAACUUUGAAUAACAACUGUGCAACAAUUAUUUGUCAAAGUCGAUGGCAGAUGCGUAAUUUAAGCUAUACAAAUUUUUAACUUAAUGCCUCCACGAUAAAGUCUAUAUAACAACAACACGAGUAGGCCAAGGAAAUAGCUGACCAUAUAUCAAUAAAAUACACUUUAAAAAGCAGGCAAUGACCACAGAAAUUAAAUCGCAUAUCACGACAAAAUAAGCAUAUUUAAAACAACAAUAGGAAUUUACUUUGUUUGGCAGUUUCAGGCUCUUUCACUUCCCGUACUGUCACUUUUGUGGCUUCUCGUCUGGAAAUAACCAGUUUCCAAUAAUUAUAAGAAGAAACAGCGGAAAAAGAUUAUCGCUUGGCUAUGAAGUCUUGAAAAUAACCCAUUCAAAAUCUAUGCUUAUUGACGAAACAAAAUGUCGAUUUCGUGGCCAGAAAAGAUAAGUAUUUUUGACUUCCCAGUUCGUAAAAUUACAAAUUGUUUAGAUCAAUUACUACAAUAUUUAAAGUGUUGUAGCACACGUUUGACAAUACGCAAACUGCAGUCAACGUUCUUAUUAAACACAGGGCCCAUCAAUAACAUCUGUUUUAAUCAACAAUUCAAAAGACAACUUAUACAUCAUCCUUCAGACAACAUCUUUAAGUUAAGCAAACGUAGCUACCCUUAAAACAGCAGAAAACAAAUAACACUAAACGUACUGUUGCUGGAAAGUUUUGCUUGGUAUCAGCCCUGCUAAUCCAUUUGCUUCAACGUUGACUUUUCUCGCCUAUGAAUUGAAAGUAGCCUUAUGAAAGAAGUAUACAAUAUGAAUGUCAAGGAAGUGGCGAUGCCAAGGGCUGGUAUGGGGAAGGGUUAUGGGGGGGGGGGUGGUACUUACCCAUCCCAAUAGUCGCCAAAACAUUGUCCACAUAAUUUUUCUAAAAAUUGAUAAAAAUACACUUGGUGGUUGUAGGUCAUUCUUUUUACAUUUGCCUAAGGAAAAUACACCUAUUGCAAAGCACUGAGAUGAUGCAAAAAGGGCGUGGUCUCAUGGGUCACUACCCUCCCACUCUUCAGUAGCUGACGCCGUCUUCGUGCCUAGGUGAAACAGAUAGUGAGUUCAUGCAGUAAAUUAGUAUUUUAAUUUGGUUCUAUCGGUUACAAUAUUUUUUCUCUUUUCUAUGCUCAUAGUUUUCUAAGAAAUUUACAAAACACUAC